AUGGUGAAAGGCGGAUAUGGAGGUGGAGGAUGGGCUGCAAAUUGGUACUGGCAACCAGGAAAUAAUGGAGCAGGGAGCGGAGGUGGCCAAACCGCCGUCAUGUUUUUGCAGAAUGAUCUUUGGCAUCGUGUAAUUGUGAGCGGCGGUGGUGGCGGUUCUGACAACUGUCCUGCUCAUCAGACUGAAUUUAUGGGAGCUGAUGAUGGUUCCGGCGGUGCUGGUGGUGGUUUUACAGCUCAAGGGUUUUGGAUUAAUGGUGAAUUAAAAUCGAGUCAUGUAGCAAAUUCCACCUACGGCUUCAGUUUCGGUUCUGGUGAAUCUGCUCAAAAAGACGGCUCUAAGAAUCAAUGGGGAGUUAAACGAGGUGAAAUGGAAAGCGACAGACCAGGAUCAGGUAGCGGAUGGUUUGGUGGAUUCGCUGGACACCAUGGUGAUGGUGGUUCUGGCGGUGGAAGUUCGUGGGUGCUGUCGAAAAAUGCAGUCAUUCCUCCCGGAGAAAUCCAAGCAUAUGACAGUUUUUAUAAUCCAAUUGGAAAACAUCCAUAUGCAUUCCUUAACCACGAGUACACAUUUAGUGACAUUAAAUCGUAUCCCGGAAUCCGGGAAGGCCAUGGUCGCUUAAUUAUCACAAUUCUCGACAACGUUAAACUUCAAACACAAAACAUCCAAUGUUUGCACGAUUUUAACUUUAUGCUUCUUUAUAUCAUUCUUAUUGAAAAAUAA